GGAGACGAAGAGGAAUGAAAUCACGAUGACAGGUUGUGACGAUUUGUCGAGGUAUAAAUGCUUGACACACUAACGCCGAACUAUCAGAAUCUAUUUUCAAUUUGUACGAGACAAAUAUAAGAUCGCCAAGAAUGAAGAACUUAUUCGUUGUUAUCAAUAUACUGGUAGCCGCUGUGUCAGGUGUGCCAAGUGAUUUGCCAAGGAUAACGAGCCGAAUAUUUCCAGAGGGACGUAUAAUUGGCGGAGAAAAUACUAACAUUAUACAGGCCCCACAUCAAGUUAGUAUUCUGAUAUUAGGUUCACAUUAUUGUGGCGGAAGCAUAAUCAAUAAGGAAUGGAUUCUCACGGCUGGACAUUGCGCUGGGAAACCCUUAUCCUAUUAUAGCGUACGUACUGGAUCGGACAAGUCUACUUCCGGUGGUAUAAUCAAUACUGUGUCAGGAAUAUAUCAACAUGAAAACUUUUCAUCUACCUCGAAGGGUGUACCAUUAAAUGACAUAGCCCUUAUUCGUUUAUCCAUGCCCAUUGAAGAAAACGAGACGCAAAAAUCUGUAACAUUAUUUUCAAAAAAUGAAAAGGCCGAACCAGGAAGCAUCGCAAUUAUCACGGGCUGGGGUAAAACAGGACACGGUAUGCCAGAGUUUCUACAAACAGUGAGAGUUCCUGUCAUCGAGAAAGUCGAUUGUUACGAAGCUUAUGAAAAAUUAUUCGGUGGUAUUGGUGAAAAUCAAAUAUGCGCGGCUUAUCCCCAAGGUGGAAAGGAUGCCUGCCAAGGUGAUUCUGGCGGUCCAAUGACCAUAGGCGGUCGUCAAGCUGGUAUAGUUUCUUGGGGUAAUGGUUGUGCGCUUAAAGGAUAUCCCGGUGUCUAUACCGAAAUCUCCAAAUAUCACGACUGGAUCACUAAGAUAACCAAUCUCAAAUUGACGUCGGACGAUACCGAAUGCAUCAAACAAACGAAAGAAAUCAACAUGUUCGUACAAUUAACAAUUGUUUUCCUCAUUGCUUUUACAGCUGCGGAUCCUAUUCCGAGGGUCCCAGUUUUGAAUCCUUACACGCCAACCGGUCGUAUCGUCGGUGGUGAAGAUGUCCAAAUCGAGGAAGUACCUCAUCAAGUACUUCUACAGGCAUUUGGUUUUGGUUUCUGCGGUGGUAGUAUCAUUGAUAAAAAUUGGGUCCUUACAGCAGGUCAUUGUGUGAGUUAUUCACCAUCGACAAUAACUAUACGUGCUGGAACAACUACAAAGACUUCAGGAGGUAGCCAACAUAAGGUGGCAGAAAUCAUCAGACACGAGAAAUACAACACCAACAGUUAUGGUGUUCCUGAAAACGACGUGGCAUUGAUCCGUUUAAAAGAUCCAUUCAAACUCGAUGAAAAACGUCAACCGAUUUCUUUGUUCAAUGCAUCCGAAGAAUCUGUUCCUGGAGUAAAAGCUACGAUCAGUGGUUGGGGUGCAAUUUAUCCAGGUGGUGCAGCUUCGGAAAAACUUCAGAUCGUCCAGGUUCCAGUGGUCGCUAAGGCAAAAUGCAACGAGGCUUAUUCCUCGUUCGGUGGGGUACCAGCUGGACAAAUUUGUGCGGCUUAUCCAGAAGGUGGUAAGGAUGCUUGCCAAGGUGACUCUGGUGGUCCUCUUACUAUCGAUGGUCGAUUGGCUGGUAUUGUCUCCUGGGGUAAUGGUUGUGCGAAGAAAGGAUAUCCCGGUGUUUAUACCGAAGUGGCAGCUUUCCGUGAAUGGAUCGAUUCUAAGUUAAACGCUUAAAUUCGAUACUGGAUC